GCACGUCACAGCGGCGCAGAGCGCGGCGGCGGGCGGGCAGGGGCGCACGGCGGGGACCGCCAGCCCCACGCAGGAGGGGUGCUGGGGGGACCGGGUGGGCGAGGGGGGCGAGGGAGGAUGCUCCUGGCUGGAGGAUGGAGGAGGCGGUGGUGAAGCAGGGCGCGCUCUACCUGCAGCUGCAGCAGACUUUUGGGAAGAAAUGGAAGAAAUUCUGGGGCGUUUUAUACCGGGAAAGCUCCUGCUCCACCGCCCGCCUGGAGCUCUUCGAGGGCUCGGCGCCGCCGGCGGCCGACAAGCUGCGGAGGAGCGAGGGCAGCAGGCGGCUGGUGAAGCUGAGCGACUGCGUGCACGUGGCGGAGGCGAGCGGCGAUGCCAGCUGCCCCAAGGACACCGUCCCCUUCCUGCUGGAGACCACCGACAAGCGCUACCUGCUGGCUGCUGAGAGCUCCGAGACGGCCGGCUGGGUGCUGAGGCUCUGCGAGCUCGCCUUCCCGAGGAGCAGGGAGGAGCAGGCAGCGGGGAAGGAUGGGCAGCAGGGCUCGCUGGGCGCCAACGGCGAGUUCUCCAUGGAGGAAAACUCCUUGUACAGCUCCCGGGACAAAGCUGGCUUGGAGAAGGAGUUCGAGGUGAUGGUGAGGGCCACCGAGUCCUCCGAGCGCUGCCGCCUCUGGGGCCGGUUCGUCCUACGAGCAGGGGAGGAAGCCCUGGAGCUGCGGGAUCUCCAGACCAGGGAAAUCCUCUACAGCUGGCCCUACCGCUUCCUGCGGCGCUUCGGCCGGGACAAGGUGACUUUCUCCUUCGAGGCCGGCCGGCGGUGCGCCUCCGGCGAGGGCAACUUCGAGUUCGAGACCCGGCAAGGCAACGAGAUCUUCCAGGUGAUCGAGUCGGCCAUCGAGGCGCAGCGGGGCCGGGGCGCCGAGGAGCCGCGGUGGGGCGGCCCCGGGGACGACGGCCCGCGGCCGCGCGCCCAAGCCAAGGUGCCCAACUGGACGCAGGGCCACGAGGAGCCCGGCGGCGAGCCCCACGGCGGCGGCGGCGGUGGCGGCACCGCCAAGUGCCUCUACGCCCAGCCCUGCAACUCCCUCCACCGCGCCACCCCCUCGGGCGCCGGCAAGGCGCCGGAGAAGGGCAGGAGGCAGGACGCCCCGGCCAAUGCGGCGGCCGAAUCCGAAUACGCCGUGCCCUUCGACACCAUCGCCAAGUCCCUGAUGGGCAGGCAGCUCGGCGGCCUCCUCCGCGGCCCCGAGGAGGCUCCGGACCCGCUCUACGACAGCAUCCACGAGGCGAGCGCGCAGUCCCCGCUGCCCCGCGCCUCCGCCGCCAAGCCCGAGCACAUCUACGACGAGCCCGAGGGUCUGUGCGCCCACACCGUCUACGACGAGCCCGAGGAGGUGAAGGGGGAGGCGUGGAGGCUGCAGGCGGCCCCGGAGGAGCCCUCGGGCCACGAGUACCCCUACAACCCGCAGCGGGACGACUACGCCGUGCCCAAGCGAGCCGUCCCGCUCCGGCAACCCUUCGUGGCGCAGGGCAAGGAGUGGCUCGGGGACACCGAGUACGACAACGUGGUCCUCAAGUUUGCCAAGAAGAGGAACCUGCAGUGAGGGGGCAGAGCCGGGGCAGGGGCUGGGGGGGCCGGGGGAGCUCUGCGUCGCCCCCGCCCCCCCCAUAGCCGUACGCAUCUGGCCAGCUGCGGCCGAGAGGCGCCCACUGGAGGGCAGUGUCCGCCCGUGGUACGGGCAGAGGAUGGGGCCGGGGGCGCUGCUGGGCACCGGGGUUUUGCCAGCACCCCCCCCCCCCCCCCCCCAGCCUCCGGGGGAGCGCCCUGCUCCGGUGCCCCGGGCCCCAAACCCUGCUCUGUUCCCCCGGCAGGAGCUCGGGACCCCCCCGGCUCCGUGCGCUCGGGGGCUGGCUGGUGAUGCACGGCCCAGGGAUGAGCAGCGGGUGCUGCCAGGGGUGGGGGGCGAGGGGUGGUCCCAGGGGUGCACGUCCCGUGCGGUGGGGGCUGGAUGGCAAAGCACAGCCCAGAGGGUGCACAUCCUGCACCGCGGCGCUGGCUAGCCGUGCACAAACUGAGGGCGCACACCUCACACCGUAAGGACUGGCUGGUGGAGCACAGCCUCAGGGGUGCACACCCCACCCCACAAGAUCUAGGUGCAUUGCACACUCCAGGGACCCCCUCCCCACCCCAUAUUGCACACUCCAGGGAUGCACACCCCACCCCAUAAGAGCCAGGUGGCAUUGCACACUCCAGGGACCCCCUUCCCAUAUUGCACACUCCAGGGACCCCCUCCCCACCCCAUAUUGCCCACUCCAGGGACCCCCACCCCGCACCACGAGGGCUCCCCGAUGCACACCCCCAGGGCCGCGCACCCUGCUGGAUGUUGCACACCCGCCGUGCAACCGUUCCAGCCCUCCCCCUGCAAACACCCCCGCAUGCCGGUUUCUGUGCGCCCACAGGGACGUCAGCACGCCCAGCCCUCGCUGGGACAGGGCCGCGGUCACGCUCAGCACCCCAUCCUGCCGCCCCCACCGUCAGCCAGCGCCGUGCCGGGGCUGGGCACAGCACCUCUCCGAAGGUCGCGCCACGUCCCAGCUCAGCAAAAACAGUGGCAUAAAUUUCCACUGUCUCAGCCGUGUUUUAUCUCGCAUAAAGCCACUUUCCAGCUCCUCUGAAUUAUAGAUGAAAUACUCAGCUUUAUUGUCACGGUGGU